GUGAGACGUCAUCAAUAUCCCGGAUGAGGCGCAGGCGCAGUGCAGCUGAUCGUCAGUGUGGCUCAUUCAGCAGUGCUUCUCUCUCGCGGAUCCUCAUUUAAUCUCAAUAUUUCCUCAUUUGCUUCUCAUUAUCGUCUCUCAGAAGUCAUGAAGCUGCUGCAGAAGCUGCUGCUGCUGCUCUUACUGGCGUUUCCGGCGACGCUCCUCCUGAAGGGUCCGGUCGUGUCCGCACAGGAUGCCACUGAGGAAGAGGAGGCUGUGGAUGAAGAUGGUGCGGAUGAUGUGAUGGCUGAGGAUGAGGAUGAUGAAGCUGAGGUGGAGGACGAUGACAACACUGAACUAACUGAAGAAAAGGAGGAAGAGGAGGAAGAAGCUCUGGUGGGCGAGAUGAAGGCUUCACCCAACGCCGACACCACCAUCCUCUUCGUCAAAGGAGAAGGGUCGCUGAAAAGGACAAAAGCAGAUGAUUCUUCAUCUACAAAUUUUCCCGCCAACAACAUCGUGAAGUUCCUGCUGGGAUUCACCAACAAAGGCUCGGAGAACUUCAUCGUGGACUCUCUGGACGCCUCGUUCCGCUACCCACAGGACUUCCAGUUCUACAUCCAGAACUUCACGGCUCUUCAGCUGGGGACGGAGGUUCCUCCGCAGCGCCAGGCCACGUUCGAGUACUCCUUCAUCCCGGCCGAGCCCAUGGGCGGACGCCCCUUCGGCCUGGUCAUCAACCUCAACUACAGGGACAGCAGCGGUAACGUGUUCCAGGACGCCGUGUUCAACCAGACGGUCACCAUCACCGAGAGAGAGGACGGGCUGGACGGAGAGACGAUCUUCAUGUACGUGUUCCUGUCGGGCCUCGGCCUGCUGCUGGUGGUCGGCCUUCAUCAGCUGCUCGAGUCACGCAAGAGGAGGCGGCCGGCGGCUAAAGUCGAGAUGGGAACCUCCAAUCACAAUGAUGUGGACAUGAGCUGGAUCCCACAGGAAACACUCAACCAGAUCAUGGCGAGUCGGCGAGAUAAAGCGUCUCCCAGACGAUCUCCACGCAAGAGGACCCAGAAACGCUCGGCCGGAUCAGACGAGUGAAGAGCCUUCGUCACGCUCUGUGUUUACAGUGAGACGACGAUCCCGUCCAUCACUGGACGCCAGCAGAGACUGAUGCACACACACAUUACACACACACAUUACACACACACACACACACACACACACAUUACACACACACACACACACACACACACACAUUACACACACACACACACACACACACAUUACACACACACACACACACACACACGGCCCUGUUUUUUAAAGUGUAAGUGAGCGAGGAGUCGCGCCGCUGAAGCUUCUGUAGGUUUGGUUUAUUUUUUAAAUUGCCAGUCGUUACUUUGAACAUAUUCACUCGCUUGUUUUUCUCUGGAUGAGUUUGAGGAUUUCUGGGAUGCGUUUGAGCCACUCGAGAGCAGCUCUGCUUCUGCUGUUUCUUCCGUUCAGUCCAUGAGUUUAGACUGAUUUUAACGAAUCAUGUGCCUGGGUUCGUUCACGAGCGUGAGCGCCGGCUGAUGCUGCAGGACCGACUCGAUUCCUGGCGGUUCUUCCUCCUCACAUGAAUUUCAGGAAGGAGGAAAACCGUUUUUGUCUUUUUGUUUUGAUGUUUUUCUGAUCAAUCUAAUAAAGUGACGGUAUUAUGAGCGAGUGCUGAUGUACAGUUCUACUUGUACUUAAAUAAAAAUAAACUGAAAUGAACGAA